AUGGAUGAAAAGAAACCUUCCAGCUUUGUAUCCAAAAGUGAGUUCCAGACAAAAGAACAGGUGCCAUUUGAGAAAUCCGAGGCUGAAGUCAAGCUUGUCAGUAAAAUGAACAGACAUUUUAUCCCGUUCGUGUGCAUUAUUCUCUUUCUACAGUUUAUUGAUAAAGGCACAUUAGCCAUUGUCGCUCUGGUUCCUGAAUUCUUUAACGAUGUAGGCAUCGACAGAGAUCAAUAUGCAUGGUGUAAUUCUAUCUUUUACCUGGGUUAUCUCUGUAUGCAAUUACCCAACAAUUUCAUGAUGCAAAAGUUUCCCAUUUCCAAAUACAUUGGUGUGAUGCUGGUGAUGUGGGGCGCUGUGCUCUUUUGUAUGUGCUUUGCUCAUAGUUUCAGUCAACUCGCUGGUCUUCGAUUCUUGCUGGGAUUCUUUGAAGCAACCACAUACCCUGCUGUCUUCUUGUUGAUCGCUACCAUGUACAGAAGAUCAGAACAAGUCUUUUGGUUUGGCAUCAUGUUUAUCAGCAACAGUGUAGCUACCGUCAUUGGCAACGGUGCCGCUGUGGGUAUUCUGAGAAUGCCUACCGUUGGUUUCUUUUCUCCUUGGAAAUGGGCCAUGGUCAUUUACGGGUCGGCUACCAUGACAGCCGGUAUUGUCUUUUUCUUUUUUAUGCCUGAUCGCUCUGAUUCACGCUGGUUCAAGUUGACAGAAGAGGAAAAGCUGAUUGUAGAGGACCGUGCAAGAGAUAAUGCCGUCGUGCCUAAUCGCAAGAUCAAGAUGAACCAAAUCUGGGAAGCGCUCAAGGAGCCAAGGCUUUACUGCUACUGUCUCAUCUCCAUGUUUCUCAAUUUCCAGAACGGCGCCUUGACCAGUUUCAAUACCAUUAUUAUCUCUGAUCUUGGGUUCAACAGCACAGAUGCCAUCCUACUCACCAUGCCUUAUGCCGGUGCUAUCAUCACCAUGAUCUUUAUCAGUACAUGGCUCAGCAAGAAAUACAACGAAGCCAUCUAUGUGGCUAUGGGUGCCUUGGUGAUAUCCAUUACUGGUUUGACCAUGCUGGCUGCUAUUCCCUCAGGCGGCGUCAAAUUGAUGGGCAUUUAUCUGAGUGGCGGAUGCACUCCUUCGUACGUCCUGCUACAAGCUUCCAUCUCCAGCAAUGUCUCUGGUUAUACCAAAAAGAUCUUUUACACUGCUGCCAAUCUCGUGUUUUAUACUAUUGGCAACUUUGCAGGCCCCCUUUUGUUGCGCGAUAAAGAAGCACCUCGCUAUCUCUCGGGCAUGGGCGUGUACAUUGCUGCCAACGUGCUGGCCAUCCUGCUCUUUGCCUAUGUUCGACUUGUGUACGUCAAGACGAACAAGCAGCGUCACCUUGAUAAGAAUGUGAAUAUCGCUGCUUUGCCUGAUGACCUUGAAGACAUGACUGAUAAAGAAAACCAACACUUUGUCUACCGUACAUAG